AGCGAGGAGGACGACGAGGAAUCCCGACAUCACCUCUACCUGGGCAGAAAGAUGCAGGGCGAGGGCACCGCCGCCCCCGCGGUACCCACCGGGCUGUCCGGGUGCGCCGGCGAUGACGGCGACGAGAGCUCGAGUCCGUCGCCGAACAGCAGCCUCCUGAACAAUCUCAACAACAACUGUAACUCGAACCGUCAAUGCGCAACCGACUUCAGCAUCGCUGCGAUCAUGGCACGGGAUUCACGUCAGCAGCAGCAGCAACAACAACAACAACAACAACAGCAACAACAGCAGCAGCAGCAACAGCAACAACAACCACAUCAUCAUAAACAUUCACAGCAGCAAGCCGUCGGAGGAGGCAAGUUGCAUCAACACGAAAGGGAAGCCAGCGGUUCUGGGGUCGCACGCGGUGCUCCGCCGAUUUCGGAGACAGUUAGUCCGGAGGACGAACCGGAAACGGACGAUACCGGAAGCACGAGUGGAAAUGGCGUCUCGCCGGUGGUGAAUCCUCUGCUCCAGGAGCGUUCGAAUUGCGAGGAGCUGAGGCACGUGGUGUGCCAUCUCGAGACCAAGGAUCUUUGGGACAAAUUCAACGAGCUCGGGACGGAGAUGAUCAUCACAAAGACCGGCAGGCGGAUGUUUCCGACGUGUCGUGUCUCAUUUAACGGACUGAAGGCGGACAGCCGAUAUGCGGUCCUGAUGGACAUCGUGCCGGUCGACAAUAAGAGAUAUCGGUACGCAUAUCACAGGAGCUGCUGGUUGGUGGCCGGAAAGGCAGAUCCGCCGGCGCCAGCCCGGCUCUACAUCCAUCCGGAUUCGCCUUUCACGGGCGAGCAGCUCCGAAAGCAGGUCGUUUCCUUCGAGAAAGUCAAGCUCACCAACAACGACAUGGACAGGCAUGGGCACCUGGUCCUGAACUCCAUGCACAAGUACCAGCCGAGGAUCCACCUGGUGAAGCGGCCGGACUCGGGCACGGCGAAGCAGAUCGUGGACCUGGAGAAGGAGCCGCACAAGACCUUCAUAUUCCCGGAGGCCAUAUUCACCGCUGUCACCGCCUAUCAGAAUCAGCUCAUCACGAAGCUCAAGAUCGACAGUAAUCCGUUCGCCAAGGGCUUUCGGGACUCCUCUCGUCUCACGGACUUCGAAAGGGAGACCAUGGAGUCAAUGCUGGCAGAACAGCAAUCGCUGAGGUUUCCGCAUCGGCUGCCCUUUGAGGUGGAGCAGCUCCAAGCGGGCGCCGUGAGCAAUCUCAGCCUCGAAGAGAAAGCUUUGUGGGCCGCGCGUUCUCAAAUGCUGCUGAGGGCGGCGGCGGCCGUGGCUGCCAGUCCUUACGCCCAGUUGGUCAACCCCGCUCUGGUCGCCUAUCCGGGCGCCUCGGCCGCGGGCACUAGCCAUCAGCAGCAACAGCAUCAGCAACAGCAGCAGCAGCAGCAACAGCAACUGGGCCACUUCUGGUGGGCCUCGUCGCUCGGAUCCACUAUCUUUGCAGCGGCGCAUCACCAACAGCAGCUGGUCGCGUCCAGCUCCCAGCAGAACCCGUCGGGCCCGGCGGCCCCCCGGCCGCUCUACCCGUCGCCUCUUGCCCUGGGCCAUCACCGAUUCUCGCCCUAUCACACGGCGACCGUCCCCAAGUCCUCGACGCCGGCUGCGCCGUCGCCGUCGCCGUCCAGAAGGGCGACCCCGUCGCCCACGGAUAGUCUCAGCAGGGAGGCCCAAGACCUCUCGCCCUCGUAGUCCCUUGUGGCUUCAUUAGGGAAACAAUGGUUCACGAUUUUCUCGUGAAGGGACUCUAGAAGGAGUUUGAAAUAUUUUACUAAGACUGCGCGACGAAAGCUGGUUUUUCCUCAUUCAGAAAUAGGAGAUUCCGCGCAAUUGGAUCGCGAAUUGCGUUGUGACUUUUUUAUAGAGGAAUCUAAUUCCUCUCCAUGUGAUGAAAGUCUCCUUUUCUCGACUUAGACCGAAGCGUAGCGAUUAAUUCGCCUUGCAAUAAUUCGUCUUCUUUCACGGAGAACUGACGAAGAUUUGUGCGCGCGGUGAAAGUCGAUUUCCAUCGUAUUAUCUUUACUUCAAGUAAUUCUUAUUUUUUUUAGAUUUCGGAGAAUUUUUAGCAGUUAUAGAAUGUUCUCAUUAGAAGUGCAAUAUCUAUCGUAAUUAUUAUCUAUAUUUUCUUGUCUUUAUUAUAUUAUUAAGGAGCCGGUCUCCAUUCCAUUAGAAUACAAGAUGAACGAGCAUUCUCACAUUCGUAUUAUGGAUGCGUAACAAAGCAAAUCGUUACGAAAUGUUUGCGCGAACGGGGAUCGAUUUUCGUCGCGCGGCGUCGCACGGCGUCGAAAGGCGUCAGGAGGAGGUCGCCGCGUGUCCGCGGUUUCGACGAAACGUACAGAAUCCGGCGUGAAUAGCAACGAUAAUUGUGCGGUGUCAAAGGUUCCCGAGUUGGCCACGGCGAUUUGUCGCUCUCCGUCUUUCUAUCGUGCCGCGAAGACGAUGCGGAGGAAAGAAAACGUAAAGCUCACGUUCUCCGAGAGUCUGAAUGCUCUCUCGGCUGAACUUUCGACCUUUGGCGGGCAUGGUGGCAGGCGCAGGGGACCCGAGCCGUCUCACGUGACUCGGCGAUUCCGUUGUCUCCCGACUGAACCCUGGGAUCGAGAGGAGCACACGUAUCUUUGCCUUGAUCAGCGAUUGGAAGCGAUAGGGCCGCCGUGAUCCUGGUAGUCAGGAUGCACCUAGGGACGCACUUUGAAAUCGAUAAGAAUAAAAGAAUUGUCGUCGCGCAAAAAUUUGUUACACUUUCAGAAGAUGCUGGCAAUAAGAGAUUUUCAAGCUUAAUUUUCAUUCAUUCUGUAUGUUUUAUUCUAAUACAUGUAUCUUGCAGCACCGUAGGUUGAUCACCAAGACUGCUUUCAGUGAAGGAACUGCGAUGAUACGCCAAAUCGGAUAGCAUGAUUUCUCAAGCGGAAAUAUUUUCGUUAUGCACCCCAUAUAUUUCCAUGUUUCGUUUGUUCAUUUUGUAGUCGCGUAUUUUUGUACGCAAGAAACACGGUUACGUCAUUUCGAGGUCGAACUGCCGCAAAGAUGAUCUUCGGUGGAUCGCACGCGCGAAGAAUACAAACGGAUUGUAAAUAUGUAACCAUGCUGGUUCUAAAGGCGGCAUAAUUGCCGUACAUAAUACACGUAUAUGCAUCUUUAAGGGCAACUAAGCUGUACGGCGACUAAAGUCUACUUGUAUAUAGGUAUACAUAUAUCUACUUGCGAUAUAAGAUAAUUACGCCUCUAUCUCUUGUAAUAUAAGCUGUAUAUUUCGUAUCACGAGCUAUUGUUAUCGUUAUUUAUGUUUCGAUUCCAUACUUCGACGCGGAGUGGGCGCGAAGUGAGCGCGCUGGACGCGAUGCGUUUCGACUGAAAGUACCUAUACGAACCUUCGAUAAGUCGUUCAAGGAAGACCGAGAACUUCGACAUCCGAUUCACGUUUAAGUUGAGCGUAAAUGAGAGGUUGAAGAAUUAGGAUCAUUAAGGAUCUCCGAGCGACACUUCGCGCGUUCUCCGCGAACACCUAAAGGAUUAUUAUCGCCGCGGCGAUUAGUGUUAGUGUAGAGCGUUAUAUUGUUAAUGCUUGUGUUGUGAGGAACGCAUACACCUAUUGCUGUGCAAGCUGCUCCCUUGUAAAUAAACCCUAAUAAACUUCUUGUA